GCCGGAAAGACCCCAUAGGGCCAAGAUGGCUGCGCCCGUGACAGACGCCGGGGAGUUUGAAAGCUGGCUAAAUGAUCGUCUUGACUCGUUGGAAGUGGACAGAGAGGUGUAUGGGACCUACAUUUUAGGGGUCCUGGAGGAGGAGGAGAGUGACGAGGAGAGAGAAGAUGCGCUACAAGGAAUUCUAUCCGCAUUUGUGGAGGAGGACAAUGUAGAAGAUGUCUGCAAACAGAUUAUUAAGCAGUGGACCGAUUGGCGCGACAGAUCAGCUUCCAAAAGUGAUUCUGAUGAUGCUGAAGUCCAGGCCAUCGCCAGGAUGAUAGAAAAACAAGCCCAGAUUGUGGUGAAACACAAAGAGGUUUCCGGGGAGUCGAAGCAAAGGAAGGACGCCCUCCUGGCUCAAUACGCUAAUGUUACGGACGACGAGGAUGAAGCUGAAGAAGAGGAGCUAACCGGUGCAAAUAACUUUAUCGGGAAUGAGAAAUCCCUGUUCAAGAACACCAACGUGGCAGAGGUGCUGAACAGACAGAAGGAGAAGCGGGACCAGGCUCGUGAAGAUUCUCAGAAGAAGAAGGAAGGGGACAAGAUGCAGCGGGAGAAGGACAAACUUACCAAACAGGACAGAAAAGAGAAGGAGAAGAAGCGUACACAGAAAGGUGAACGCAAAAGAUAAAGCACAGAGAAAGGACACUUUGUAUGUGGAAAGGUUUUCAGGAGACAGAAAUCAAAAACAGUCAUUGCCUCUUUAGCUGAACCCCAUUGGCACAUUCUAUUAUGUGUUCAUCAGUCCCCUUACGUUAAGUUCUUUCUCUUUAUAUGUGUAAAGAAUGUGUAUUCGUCCAAAAAUCCCUGCUAUUCUUGGAUACUGAUAUGACCAGUUCCUGAAACAUGUAUUGGAAACAAGCUGCCAACCGUUAUGCGCUGAGUGUGACUGUGUCCUCUGUCGCUGAUCAAACUUAAACCUCUGCUAAUAUGUUGUUAUAGCAGCGUAUGAAACACGCUUUGGCUGAGCUACAGCAAGUAUACACAAAUUGGAUUGGUCACGGUAAAAUCUGAGGAAUGCCUGCAAUGCAACUCAAUCCAGUUUGUACUAUUAGCCUCUGUGCCAAUAUGCCUUUCACUUCUGCACAACUUCUAACAAAGUGUUUAUUUUGAUGCAUUUUUGUCCAAAAUGAAAACAGAAGAUUGGUUACUGAGUUAUACCACAAACAUAUCAUGUACCAUAAUUUCAAUGUUUAUAAUGAGGUUCAUCAGCUUUUGAAAUUAAUAAAAAAGAAAAAAAAAUUCA